AUGUGGAUUCAAGGGUGCAUCAAGCGGAUCCCUUUACCUAUUCUUGUGAAUGGGUCAACUUGUAGGAGGUUUGUGAAUGAGAAGGGUAUAAGACAAGGGGACCCUCUUUCUCCCUUCUUGUUUCUUCUUGUCUAUGAGGUUCUAACUCACAUGUUUGAAAAGGAUACACUGGCAGGAUGGAUAGGUGGCUUCACUGUUAAGAAAUAUGGGACCAAAGUAAGUCACUUACAAUUCGCAGAUGAUAUCCUUGUCUUCUUGGAUGCAAAGGUGGAACAACUCAGGUACCUAAAAUACAUUCUUUUAUGUUUUGAUGCUUCUUCUGGUCUUCAUAUAAACUUCAGUAAAACCAGCUAUUUUCCGUUGGUGAUGUAA